ACACUUCUAAAAAAAAGUGUCAUGUGUUAGUGUUGAUAUCGAAACAGACAUAUCGAUCUCUAUGUCUUGUUAUAUGUGGUAAUAUAUGAUGUGAAAGGGCAAAUUGGUACAUUAGUCACAUGCAAAUAAGUUAAACAAAGUGAAACAAUAGCAUAUGAUGUUACAACUGUAUAUUCAGAAACCAUUUUCAAAAGCUACUAUUAUUUAAUAAACUUCCAAGCUUCGAGUUCAGAGAUCCAAAGCUGAGAAACAUAAAAUGGAUGCAAGAACAUGUUCUUCAUUUUCCCUUGUUCUUUUCAUUGCAGCUAUCAUAGCUUCUGCUUAUUAUGAUUCAGCUGAAGCAGCUACGACUAAGGGAUCUUUUGAAGAUAAUUUCAGCAUUAUGUGGUCUGAAGAUCAUUUCACUACCUCUGAUGAUGGACAGAUCUGGAAUCUCUCCUUAGACAAUAACACAGGUUGUGGAUUUCAAACCAAACAAAGAUAUAGGUUUGGGUGGUUUAGUAUGAAGCUGAAAUUGGUAGGAGGUGAUUCUGCUGGUGUUGUCACAGCUUAUUAUAUGUGUUCAGAAAAUGGUGCAGGGCCAACAAGAGAUGAAAUUGAUUUUGAGUUUUUGGGAAACAGAACAGGACAACCAUAUUUGAUUCAGACAAAUGUGUACAAGAACGGAACCGGUAAUCGCGAGAUGAGACAUAUGUUAUGGUUUGAUCCAACUGAGGAUUAUCACACAUAUUCAAUCCUGUGGAAUAAUCACCAGCUAGUGUUUUUUGUGGAUAGAGUUCCGAUAAGAGUAUUCAAGAACAACGAAAAACCAAACAAUUUUUUCCCGAAUGAGAAACCAAUGUACUUGUUUUCGAGCGUAUGGAACGCGGACGAAUGGGCGACGAGAGGUGGACUUGAAAAAACAAACUGGAAAUUAGCACCAUUUGUGUCAUCCUACAAAGACUUCAGUGUUGAUGCUUGUCAAUGGGAAGAUCCAUAUCCUAAAUGUGUUGCAACCACAACAAAAAAUUGGUGGGAUCAAUAUGAUUCAUGGCAUCUAUCAGAUGAUCAGAAAAUGGACUAUGCUUGGGUUCAAAGAAACCUUGUGAUUUAUGAUUAUUGCAACGAUUCGGAACGUUUUCCGACUUUGCCUGAAGAGUGUUCAUUGAGUCCAUGGGAGUAAUGUAAUGUAAUGUAUCAAGGGGAAAAUAUCAUUGUUCUUUUAUUCUUUUCCGUAAUGUUAAAAAGACGAAAACAUACUAGUCCUCAAAUUUGACUAUGUAGAAUAAGAAGAAGAUCCCAUAAUUUUUUCCAA